GCUUGUUAUGUCUUACAAAAAGCAGCGGCCACUCACUGCCAACUUUCCGGCCCAAGAGCGCCGAACCUGGAAUAUUUGUAACUCGGAGAUAGCGCCCGAGGAAGUUCAACGACCCAAGACAGCCUUGUCUCGGCACAUUGUGGACGAGCUGGAUAAGCAGCUGGGCACUAAGGGAUCUAUUCCUCUCAAAAAAUAUGAGAGGUUGAACGAUCCUAAAAUGGAUCCUGUCGUUGUCAAAGCUGUACGAUCCUUUGCAAAAAAGAAGAAAAUCGUUACCCACGAUUCAAUUAUAGAUAUCGGAGAGAGGGUAGCAAAAGAGAAGGAACAGAAGCAUAUUAAGAUGUUAGAAGAAGCAGUGCAUAAUGCGGUCAUGGAAGAAAGAGAACGAUUGCAAGCAGAGUUCAAGGAGAAAUCUGAGCUUGAGAAAGACGCGCUGAAGUCAACUUGGAUUGAAAAGAUAGAUAACACUGAUCAGAUCGCGGCCGAAGCUGCUGAAGCCGCCGCUAAGAAAGUGAGAAACGAGAUGCAAGAAAAACUUGACAUGAUGGAACAGGUCCAUCAUAGCGUUCUAGAGAACACAGUGCGAGAGAAACUAGCAAAAGCUCGUGAGGAGUGGAAAACUCAAGAGAAGGAGCAUGUCAGACUGGUCCGGUUGAAAUGUGAUACAGAAUACCACGAAACGUUGGAAGAGGUCGUGGCAGAGAGACUGCAAGAGAAGAAGAAAGAGUGGGCUACCGAAGAGGAAAAAAGAAUUGUAGCUCUAUCUGAGGAAUUGAAAGAGUUUUAUCUAGAAGAAAUAAGGAGAGUCAAAGAAAAACAUGAUGCUGUGAUCGACAAAUAUGAGGCAUCAAUAUCAGACCUAGAAACAAAAAUCCAGGAACUGCAGCACCACGUGGUAUUUGAACAGCACGAACACAAGAAGACCAAAGCAGUGCUACAGGACACACGACACCAUUUUAGUCGGUUUAUUGGUGAAGUGCCCGGUUUUGAGUCAGACUUCUUCAAGUCUUCACCUUUUCCUCCUAAAUAGAUAUCCAGAAUACAACCCAGAAUGAGCUAAUGUAGUGGAGUAUAAUAGGCUAAACAUUACUAAACUCAGUGUAAAAUUAUUAUUUUCCCAUACCACCUUAACCCAAUUUCCCCGCACAUGACACAUCCACAUUAUAGUUCGUCUCACACGUUUAUUUAAAAAGAGCCGUACUGAAAGUGGUUUUACACGCAGUUAACUCUGUCUCCCUGGAUCAGGGCCCCUGUAGGCAUUGUAACAAGCACUCAUUACUCAUUAGCUCCAUGCAAUCAUUCCUUAUAAGGUGAUGUCGGUGUAGAGAAGCCCCACAACUACGGAUAGUUUUAAUAACGAUUAUCAAUCAUCAUUAUACAAGUGUUGUUAGAGUAGUCCCUCUUCAUUUGAUUAGCGAGCUAGUAUAAUGUUGGUCUCUCUGUCUCCCUCCACAUCCUUACCCUCAACAUUUGUUUUAGGGAGGGAGCCACCUGAAAAUAUUUUCAACUUCUCUCCUCCGCUCUGACGUGACUUGUAAGCUCUGACGUAAAUAAUUCUUCAAGUUUGAAAUUUUUGGCGUGUAUUUGUCUCUAAUUAUGUGUAUUUGUCUCUAAUUGUGUGACUAGUUGGUGUGAAAUGUCCCCCACACUGUGAUUGAAGGAUUAUCCUUUGGUAGCCCUGUCUGAUCCGGUCUGACAGUAUCGUAUUUCACAGUUACUGUCUACUAAUCUGCUCAGUUUCAUCCGUUUGAUUAAAACAAUCAAUGCUAAUUGACACAGUACACCUUGUUCCUUUAGCUUGAGUUAGCUUCAUUGUUUCGUUGAUGGUAAUGUUUCUGGGAAUUUCCGCAAUUGAGUUGUUCCUUUCAAUUUAAAAGCUUGUUUUUCGUUCUAUUCAAAUUGUCACGAAAAGGUGUUCUUUUGUUUGGAUGCUGCUUGUUAGUUUUGGUUUGAUUUUGAUGCUUUAACUUUGCGAUCUUUGCUACUGGUUACAUAUUGUAUCACCAAACUGAACGACCCGUCUGUUGAACUUUCACUCUUCACUGUUCAAGUUCCGACCUCCCUAAAUUAGCUUCACCCCUCAUGAUUGUCAGAGCAAGAUUCGUUUAGUCCGAAUAAUCCGGCUGUGACCACGAUAUAAACACCAAACCGUUUGUUGAAGUUCAGUGAACGUAGUACCAACCUGCCAGCAGACUAAUCAGACGCAGCCAACCAGAUUCCGGCCCUGAGGCCACGUGACAGCCGUGUACCAAUGGGCGAGGUGUAGUUAGUAAUUAAUAACUCUUAUAUAAUAUAAGGGGGUAUGAGCUGGGGUACCCUGAGGCUUGGUCGGAUGUACUGAGUUGCCCGGUGAGGUCCUGCCAACAGUUUACAUUGCCACACUGCUCUUACUGGGCCUGAAUAUUACGUGUUAAUUGCACCCUAACUUUCCAGGCCCGCGUCAACCUUCUUCCUGUAUUGGUGAGUGUGAAUCUAGACGUUUGGAGAGUGUUGACUCGCUUCUCAGUGCUACUGUUGUGUUCUUGUGCGUGACCGCUAAUUGAGCGAGUAUGUUUAUCUCGGAAGAAGUCUGGAAGCUACCUGAUGACAUCCCAAAUCCACAAGAUGGUAUCACCUCCGGGCUUAAUUUGUCCAUUUAGUCCCUACUUUAGGCCCCCGCCAGACCACUCUGUUCCGGUUCUCGUUAAAUUCAUGGUAAUCUAUUUUCACCCUGUCACUCCGUGCACGCUUAUCUAGUUGUGGAAAGAUGUUUCCUUUUGUAGUUUCUGAAGGGCUUAUCACAUCCAGACGGGGUUCACACAACCACUUGGAGUUGUCCUGUCAUCAAGCCAGGUCCCCUGAGUAGCCGGCAUCUUGUAACACUCCUGACAACCCUGUUCUUGAUUGUUCCAGUUCCUUGGACAGGAGGGCAUGCGCCAUGUUGCAACUUAGCACCUUGGGCCCGUUGAUUGGGUCGUCCCUGGGUUUUGAUUGGUUAUUCUACGGGGCUGAGAGUGUCUUAUUGGUUGAUAAGUCUCGGGUUUAGUGGGAGCAAGGUGUCACCCCUCAUCAGAUUGUUGUUCACACCUUGGUUUAAACAUGUUCCUUCUCAGACAUCAAUAUAGGGCAGACUGCUAUCUUACCCUAGUACUAUCAGAUUUACUCAGUUUGAAAGAUUUCCUCGGCAGUUUACUAGUUAGGAAAACGUGGAGGUGUUUUAAUCUUCUGCGCUUGUUUUCUGUUCUUCUCUCUGCAAACUAUUUAAAGGAUUAUUAUCAUGUGCUUUAACUUUAUCCCAAUUAAUCCAAUGCUUGUCAACCAAGCUACGUCCAGGAUUGAAACCUUAUCAAGUGACCUCUGAUGAGAUUUAACCGUCCAAUCAUUGCCACCUUGCCACCUUGCUUGCAAAUGUACUCAUUUCUCUUGUCAGUACUCUUCCGUUGUGUCUCGCACAAUAAGGCUAAUCUGUCUCAGCACUUAGGAGGAGGAGAAAGACAAAGCAAGCAGGUUGUUUUAUAAGCAAGAUCUCAGCUAACACCUGACACUUGGAAGGGUUAUUGACAAGCAGAGGGGCUCCCAUUAGCUCCCCCUCGAGGUGCAUCAACUCCCCCCUGUCAGUACAGUCUGCAGCUGUUCAGUUGACAGUUCACCCCGUGCACUUGUCACUUGUUUUCAAGAUAUGGGCUCGUUCUAUCUCCUACACGUACGUCACACGUAUUACUAAUGGGCACGCACUAUUGUUUCUUCUCCACAGCUUCUUUCCUUUCUUCUCCACAGUUUCUCUCCCGUGGUAGACACCGUUUUAGUUUGGGUAUAAUUUCUUUAACCACCGCGCCGUAUGUCGUUUAGUGGCGCAUCUUUCUGACAUAUUUGAACCCUUUUGAUUUGAUUUGGUAUUCUGUCGCAAGUAAUUCGAGUAAACUUGAGAAGUUUUUCAGUGUUUUUUGCCUGAAAUGGUUUGGUGACUGGUGAGGGCUGAAGAUGUGCACUCUUGUAUUUCCGUGAAAGUGUAAGAUGUAAAUGUGAUAAAACCUGUUAACAUAACACGCUAAAAUGGUGAUAUAUUUAAUGGGUAAAGUGACUUUGUCAACUCAUUAAAAAGGGUAUGUAUCUAAUGGCGGGGUGAUUCUAAUCACUGCAUACGAAUUACAGUAGCUCCCUAUAAAGAGCUGUGUGUCAUCCCACCUACACACCUCAGGGCCCUCUAUUACACACCUGCUCUCUCCGCCAAUCAGGGGCCCUCCUCGCUGUCACAAGACAGACUUAAACCAAUCAGGGACCUGCGAGUAUUGUCACGUGGUGGAUUUCAGCCAGUCAGAAAGCGUCCUGAAGAUUGGUAUUGAGGCUGUUAGCUGUAUGCGCUCUUGUUGUAAUGAGCCCCUUGUUCUUUUGCCGGAUGACCUGUUCGGCUGAAUCCCCUCGUAACUUUAAUUUUACACAUGUUCUGUGCCAUGUUGUGGGUAUUUAAAACCAGUGUGGUGGUGUAAACAAAUAAGCUUCAUUAGUUCAGAAGAUUGAUGUUGAAGAAGUGUUCCAUCUCGUGCAGCUCUUCUCCAGCUGGCGAGAGUGUGGCCCGCACGUUCUUACUAUAUACACCACACACGUCGCUACAAUCAUCAUUACAUCACAUUUACUAUCUUGAAGAGGUUUAACUGUUGCUCUCUCAGAAUUUCAGUUGACAUUUGGCUCGUCGUUGAUUUAGAAGUGAUUCGUCGAUUAUGUAUGUAUAGAUCGCCGAUCUUAUUUUAGAUAUCUAUCAGUAAGUUCUAAUUAAUAGCAUUGUUUGAUAAGAUAUAGAUUAUAUUUAAUUUAUACAUUAGUUUACUUAUUUAUGAUAACAUUCGUGCAUUAGAAUCAGUAUUCAAAAAUCAGUUAUAAAGUUUCUUAUGAUUUUUAUCAGAAUUUUAUUAUCAUAAAAGAAUUUAUAUAUUUUCGUAGCAUGUUGAUUCAAGUUUUAAAAUUUGUAAAUAUUUUAGAUUUAUACUGUACAGAUUAGAAUUAUGUGUAA